AUGGGGUACAUUUCAAUCUUAACUUUGAUUUAUAUAUUGCAUUUGAUCAUUAGGGUUGAUGCUAUGGCUCAUGGAGUUAGAGAAAUCAACCAAAACGAUGUAGGUUUCGAUGAGAACUAUGUUGUUACAUGGGGACAAAACAAUGUUUUGAAGCUAAACCAAGGCAAAGAAGUUCAGCUCUCCAUGGAUCAAUCUUCAGGCUCAGGUUUUGAAUCUAAAAGCCAUUACAAUUCAGGAUUCUUCCAACUAAGAAUCAAAUUGCCUCAAAAAGAUUCUUCUGGCAUUGUCACUGCUUUCUACUUAACUUCAAAGGGAGACUCCCAUGAUGAAAUUGAUUUUGAGUUCUUGGGAAAUAAACAAGGGAAACUAGUAACAAUACAGACAAAUGUAUUUACUAGUGGUAAAGGAAAUAGAGAACAAAAGAUAACUCCUUGGUUCGAUCCUACUGAAGAUUUCCACACUUAUGAAAUUCUCUGGAAUCCAUAUCAGAUUGUGCUUUAUGUGGACAAGAUCCCCAUAAGAGUGUUCAAGAACAACACAAGUGGAGGCAUGAAGUAUCCAUCAAAGCCUAUGCAAGUUGUGGUUAGCUUAUGGAACGGUGAAAGCUGGGCAACGGACGGUGGUAAAGCCAAGAUUAAUUGGUCUAAUGGUCCUUUUAAGGCAAAUUUCCAAGGUUUUAACAAUUAUGCUUGUGUCCCCAACAGUGGUUGUGAGAGUUAUAGUAAACUAAGCGACUCCGACCAGAAAGCUUACGAAAAUGUGAGACAAAAGUACAUGAUCUAUGAUUAUUGUUCUGAUCGGGCUAGGUUCCAUGUUCCUCCUAGCGAAUGUAAAUGGAACCAAUGAUAUUAAUAAGUCA